UUUUUUUUUUUGGUUGUAUAAGGGGCCAAAUGCAACAACUUAUUCUUCAGCUUACAAGUGAUAUCUUGACAUAUCGUAUACUGGUCCCCUAGGAAUUUCAUGAGGUGGAGGGCCCCAGAUGUUUUGUGACACUUAUUUCCUGUCUUCAGACAUGCAAAUAUUUUACCAAUAUGUCUAGAGUAAUUGCUACUUCUGCUCACCAUGAGUAAUCGGCAUAAUAUCAUCAAUGUAAUGGACCAGUAUGAAGUUCUUUGGAAGGGGAAGACUAAAUUAUGACAUAGGGCUAAAGGGUUGACAUAGCCCUGCAGUGGGACAGGAAGUUGUAUAGUGGUCUUGCCAGUUGAAGGUAAAUUCCUUCUGAUGGUAUUUUCUAAUAGGUAUAGAGGGAAAAAGCAUGUGCCUGAUUAACAGCUGCAUACCAAGUACUAGGAGAUGUGUUGAUUUGCUCAAGUGAUGAAACAUCUAAAUGGCAGUGCAACUGGAGUCACCAUGUAAUUAGGUUUAUAAGAAUCUAUUGUCAUUUUCCAAGAUCCAUUUCUGUUUUGCACAUGCCAAAUAGGCAAGGGGAAAAGAAAUGUAGUGGUUAUCACCACCUCUGCAACUUUCAAGUCUUUGACAGUGGCACUUAUCUUUACAAUCUCUCCAAGAAUGUGGCAUUGCUUUUAGUUUGCUCUUCUCAUAGGUAUAAGCAGUUCUAGUGGCUUCCAUUUGGCCUUUCCUGUUACAAGUUUUUACAGGUCAGGGAACCAACGUGGGGAUUCUUCCAGCUGUUGAGCAUAUCUCUUUGUUUUUGAGACAGUCUUGACCUGUCGCCCAGGCUGGAGUGCAAUGGUGCGAUCUUGGCUCACUGCAACCUCCGCCUCCCAGGUUCAAACGAUUCUCCUGCCUCAGCCUCCCCAGUAGCUGGGAUUACAGGUGCCCACCACCACGCCCAGCUUUUGUUGUUGUUGUUGUUGUAUUUUUAGUAGAAACGGGGUUUCACCAUGUUGGCCAGGCUGGUCUUGAACUACUGACCUAGUGAUCUGCCCACCUCGGCCUCCAAAGUGCUGGGAAUACAGGUAUGAACCACUGUACCAGGCUGAAUAUAUCUCUUUUAAUUAUGCAUUCUGGAACUGGGGAAAUAGAAGCACAGGAUGGGUCCAGGGACUCAACGGGUCUAAUGAGAGAUGAACCUGAGCUGAAACUCCAUUGAUAACUCGACCUCCAUUAAGCCUCUACUCUGACUGGUAGGCCGAGUAAAGCUUUUGGUUUCCCCAGAUUAGUAUCAGGUCAGAGCCACUGUGUAGUAAUCCCUGACAAAUCUGAUUAUUUCUCUUCCCCCAAUGCACAGUUACCCUGGUAGAUGGCUAUUGGUCUCUUUGGGGGAAAUAACAAUAUACAUUUUUGGCAAUGUAGCAGAGUCCUUCCUCAAGAGGAUCCAGCCUCUCCUUCAUUCAGAGUUCUGAGAGUGUAAACCGGCUCAAGUCUGGGAACUGAUUGAGAGGUUGUGACUGUUUUGGUGAUGCAAGUUAGGAUAUCUGUUUCCUAGAGACACAACGAUUAACUGACCAACAGCACAUGCCUCUGUAAGUAAGACAAUAUUGUUUUAGCUCUGCUGGUAAUUAUAGUAAUCAUGCCCACCUACUUUUUGGCAAUUAAGUGCCACCCUGGGGGGGCACUUAGGAAUCCUAGUUUGAUGGUAGCAGUUUCCACUGUAAGAUAUAUGUGACUAAAGAGCAGCCACAGAUCUCUUCAAGGAUGCUAGGAUUCUCCUCACAAAUUUAUUUCUUAGUCAUGGUGAAAGGUAUGUCCUCUGGACCCUCCUGGGGUGGGUAAGCAGGUCUUAAAUGAUAAAUCCACUCUAAUAUUCUAAUCUCCCCAAGCCUGUGGAUACCUUUCUCUACAGAUACCUAGGCAGUUCUGGCGCUUCAACUUCAUUUAACAUAGGCCUUUCUGGGUGGAUGGAGGUUAAACGAUCAAUGGAGUUUUCACUCAGAUCCUUCUCACGGUGGGCUCAGUGGGUCCCCAAACGCAUCCUGUGGUUAUUUUCCUAGUCUGACAUGCAUAAUUGGAAAAGACAUACUCAGCGAUUAAACAUAGCAUUAGAGCUUUUUCUAAGCCUCUGAGAUAAAACAUUGAAUCCAGAAUCUCUGGUGGGUCCAUAUCAAUAAAUUUGGCCUGAUAGAAUUUAUAACUUUUCCACCUUGAUCCCUAUAUGAGUUUCCUGGGGUGGUCAUGACAAAGUACCACAAACUGUGUGUCCUAAAACAACAAAAUUUAUUCUCUUGCAGUUUUGGGGGCUAGAAGUCUGAAAUCAGGUUUUUGGCAGGGCCAAGCUUCUUCGGAAGGCACUUUGGAAUAAUCCUUGCCUUUUCUUAGCUUCUGCUGGCUCCUGGCAUUCUGCGGCGUUUCUUGGCUUCCAGUUGCAUCACUCCAAUCCCUGCUUCUAUCUCCAAAUGACCUUCUUCCCUCUGUGCUCAUUUAUCUACGUGUCUUCUUCUAAGGGCGCCAACCAUUGGCUUUACGGCUCACUCUAUACCAGUGUGACCUCAUCUUAACUAAUUACAUCUGCAAAAACCCUAUUUCCAAAUAAGUUAAUAUUGUGAGGGUCUAGGUGGACGUGAAUUUUGGGGGAUGCUAUUCAACCCUCUACAAUCCUACACCUUAAUAGUCUUUGUAUAUUCUUUUGUAUGCUCUGAAUUUUUUAGCAUGUGCAUUUAUUACUUUUUCAAGUAAAAUUAAAGGAGAAAACAAUACCCCCGGAGUUCUGUGGCACAAAAUAUAAAUAUUCUUUCUGUCCAGUUUCUCCCUUGGAGGUCACUACUAUUUGGUCUCCCUAAGCUGGUUUUCCAAGUCCUGCCCUUCUCCAAACUUUUACCAAACUGAAGACAAAGUGAUUUUUCAAAAUGAUCUCAAGAUCUGUCAAUGAGGAUUAAGCAUAAGCGCCACAGUUAGCCUAAUAUGGCUUUUCAUGAUCUGGUCUCCGGUACCCCUCUUUCAGUUUCAUCUUUCAGUACAAUCCCCUGCUCCCUACCUGUUCCGCCCUGGACUCCUCGCGGGUUUCUGAACUGCCCACGCCAUUCCAUCCCGCCCUAUUCCGGCGCUGCACUCCGCUUCAGCGCUGCUUCUUGCACCCACGACUGCAACUCAACCUCAGAGGCUACUCCUCUACUCCAUCCCAGAGAUGAAGCAUUUCGCCUUUGGAUGCUUGAAAACGGUUAAUAUUUUCCCUUUUGUUUCUCUUAAAUCAAAAUGUUUACAUGAAAUACUAUGAUCCAAGAACACACACUGCUGCGCUUGCUUAACUGGGUCGAGUUGAACCAGUUCGCCUUCUCCGCCCCAACCCCGGUGCCGUAACUCCCAGCCCCGGAGCGACCAGCCUGGCCCGACAGCGGAGGCCCAAGCCCGCGCUGGGCUCGGGCGUCAGAACCUUCCCGGCCGGGGGAAGCCCGGGCAGGCCGCAGCCGCGCUUCACAGCUGAGGAAAACCCGCUGCGGCGUAGGGCAACGCUCAGAAGCCGAGAAUGACACCGUGAGGCGCCGGAACGCGUCAGCACCCUUCACACCUAAGACCAGACUUCCUUCUCCUCACCGAGGACGCUCCCCGCCGCUCGUCCGGUCGUUUCCCGCUCUCACACCCUCUGCCAGUCCCCACACAGCUGACAAGGGAAGCAAGCCAGCGGUGUCCGGGGACAGAACAAGCGCAGCAGCCGCAUGGCGCGCUUCCACCUCCAGCCCCCGGUGCCUCAGCUCGCACACGUGUAUGUGUAUGCGCAUGCGCCGCGUCCGGGCCUCUCCGCCUCCGGCCGCACCUCCUCGCGCAGGGUCAGAGGCCGUGGGGCGGGCCACGGUGACGCGCGCGGAAGCGCUCCGCGGACCCUCGGAAACCGCCCCGGCGGCUGAGAGGCUGUGGCCACUGCCUGGCACCCCGACGGGAGGGGCUCCGGAUCGUUCGGAGCCGGCUGAACCCCUUCGGCCGCGAGUGGCCGCAUGAGUCGGGGGACUAUGCCCCAGCCCGAAGCGUGGCCAGGCGCGAGCUGCGCCGAGACGCCGGCGCGGGAGGCGGCGGCCGCGGCGCGGGAGGGCGGGAAGGCGGCGGCCAGCGGGCAGCCGCGGCCCGAGAUGCAGUGCCCGGCCGAGCACCUGGCACCUCCUCCUUCCUGUGUUCCAUUGGCUCUGCAGCCUUGUGUGAGGAUGGGUGAGGAGGACAUGUACCGUGCUGCAGAUGAAAUAGAAAAGGAGAAAGAAUUGCUUAUACAUGAAAGAGGGGCAUCAGAACCGAGAUUAAGCGUAGCUCCUGAAAUGGAUAUCAUGGACUACUGCAAAAAAGAAUGGAGGGGAAAUACACAGAAAGCAACGUGUAUGAAAAAGGGCUAUGAGGAAGUUUCUCAGAAGUUCACCUCUAUACGGCGAGUCCGUGGUGAUAAUUACUGUGCACUGAGGGCCACGCUGUUCCAGGCCAUGAGCCAGGCUGUGGGGCUGCCGCCCUGGCUGCAGGACCCAGAGCUCACGCUGUUACCAGAAAAACUCAUAAGCAAAUACAACUGGAUCAAGCAAUGGAAACUUGGACUGAAAUUUGAUGGGAAGAACGAGGACCUGGUUGAUAAAAUUAAAGAGUCCCUUACUCUGCUGAGGAAGAAGUGGGCAGGCUUGGCUGAAAUGAGAACUGCUGAAGCAAGACAGAUAGCUUGUGAUGAACUAUUCACAAACGAGGAGGAGGAAUAUAGCCUCUAUGAAGCUGUAAAAUUUCUAAUGCUAAACAGAGCCAUUGAACUAUAUAAUGAUAAAGAGAAAGGAAAGGAAGUACCAUUUUUCUCUGUGCUUCUGUUUGCUCGGGACACGUCAAAUGACCCAGGACAGCUUCUGAGGAACCACCUGAACCAGGUGGGACACACUGGUGGUCUUGAACAGGUUGAAAUGUUCCUUCUUGCCUAUGCUGUGCGCCACACCAUCCAGGUGUACCGGCUCUCCAAGUACAACACGGAAGAAUUCAUCACAGUCUACCCCACCGACCCACCCAAGGACUGGCCAGUGGUAACGCUCAUUGCUGAGGACGAUCGGCACUAUAACAUCCCCGUCAGAGUGUGUGAGGAGACCAGUCUAUGAGAGACGCAUGCUCCUGACAGCCUGGCGACGUGGCGAAGAUGCACAGGUGGCUCCUGGGCUUGGGCUGCAGGUUCGGGGGUCUCUAAGAACAAUCUCUGAGAAGAACCCUUGGGCCCCUGGGAGCCAAGUUGGACAGGAUGUCCUGAAGACUAGCUUUUGAUAAGAGAAAUUAACCAAGUCUUUCCCCUCAUCUAUGAUGCAAUAUAUUUCAGUGGGGGCCUUUAGAGCACACCUGUUGGAUGGUGCAAACCAUAUCUUCUCCAGAAGGCAAAUACUUUUGUAUCAGAGGAAACUCAGUUUUGGAGAGGAAUAUGUUCUUUGUAUCUCAAAUCAAAACUCUCUCUAAUGGUAAACUGGCUUCUAAUUUUUUUAAGUACAGUAUUUUUUUUUUCCCCUUUAGUAGUAAUGGGUUUCUAUAGAUCUUCCUAUACAGUCUGCUUUAACUCAGGACCUUGAGAUUAUGAGACUGAUGUGCUACCCACUGCACUGAGGGGGCCUCUAACAGUCGGCUUUAAGUGGUAUAAUUCUGGGAUGGAUCUGUUACUUGCAUAGUCAUGACAACCUCUGGUAAUCUCCUUUUUAUGAAGGGAAGAGCAAUGAUUUGGACUUAUAUCUUAAUUAAGGCUAUUUUAAGCAGAUUGUUUUGCAGCAGAUUAAGAAUUGGGUCCCAAAGUGGGUUAUUUCAAGGCAUUUUUGAAGACUGGAGGAGCGUAGGAGGGAGUGGUGAGGGAACCUAGAACUUCUUGCUCCUUGUGACUAUGACAGAUGUCUGAUGCCUCCAGCGCACUGGAGUCUGGGGCUUGGUGCAGGUGGUGCCCCAUCAGUGUGGACAGACACUACUUGCCUUUGUGGUUUAGUGUUGGAAGCUUUAAUUAUUCUACAGUUCCAUAGAUUCACAAUUUUAUAGCCAAACAGUUUGUAUCCACCUGCUUUCAGAAGAGGAACCAAAGGCCAAAUUACUUUGAGGUAGGGCUUAGCUGGACCUGGGUUUUCCUGUGCUCUUUUCAUGCUGUGUUGGAGGGUAUGUCCAUUGCCAGGUCUGUGUAACCCGUCUGGGGCAGGGGAUGAGUGACAGCAAACCAUCUUAAAAUUUUUCAUGAGUACAUUUAAGCAGAAGCAUAUGGGAAUAUGAGUGCAAAAGUGUGGCUGAGCCGCGUAUGCCCUUGAUUGGUUUUGGGAAGCCUGAGGGAGGCAGCCUUCCUGGCUACGAGCCAUCGCCUGCCCAGUCAGGCUAAGGGUGGUGACUGGGGUGCUGAAGGGGCAGCUCUGCUGAGCAUGGUCUGCCUUAUGGCCUGAAUUGUCCUCAAGGGGUGUGGACUGCAGAUGGUGUUCACACGAACCGGAGACAUCACUCUUUAGGAUUCUAUUGGCAGCCCCUGAAUUGGCUCAACGUUUGUGGAGGUGGUGUUUCCCUGAAAUACUGAGCUUUGUUUUAUAAUAAUUAAAAUCUUUAUUUGGUCGAAUUUAAUAUAGUUUAGAAGCUAUUUUUUUUUGAGGCAAACGUUUUUUGAAAAUGUAAAUUUUGUUUUUAAUUAAAAAUAAAGUCUUAGUUAAGAAAACUCAGGAUGCACAAAACUAUUCAGACUAUUACUUUAGCUUUCUCCCAUUACCUCAUCAGUAAUAUUCACCACAUUUUGCUAAAUGUUUAUUGAUUAGAGUGUUGAAAUCAAAUUCUGCUCUAAAUGUGUGUGAAUAUAUUGGAGAGGCUUUGUGUUUUUCACUGUGAAAUGCAAUUGUGCCUUGAAUAAGAAGGUACCUAGAAGCCAAAUUAAAGUAAUAAUGACUUCUUAUUGGCUUUGAUUUUUCAUUGUAGCAUAUGGGAUUGUACAGCAGGAGAUGCUUACCAUUCAUUUCUGAUGUUUUUUAAAGCACAACUCGAAACAUUUCGAUCAUACAUACAUAGCAGUAGGGAUCUGUGCCCUUCAGGUACAUUGAAUCUGACCAUCAGUUUAUAUAUGUCAUUGAAUUUUAAGAAUACUCAUGUUAAUAAUAGUCAUCUAUCCUUGCAUUUUGAAAAUGUUCUAAUCUUAGUGAACUUGAAUUGGAUUUCUGGGUAAAAGAAUGUGUUUCUUUUAUGUUGCUUUCUGUCCGAAGGCCUUGUCAGAAUCUGUCAGACUCUUGUUUAGGUUUAGUGUGAUCAUGGCGUCAGAGAAGCAAAGCUUUCAAAUAAAUAGCACUUCAGGAAAUAGAAAUGAUUGACCAACUUUAAAAAUAAUUUUUUUUUAUUGCAAUAUGCAGCUUCAGUUGCCCAGAAUCUUAGUUCCGUUUCUCAUUCUUGGUCUUGAGCUGGUCAGGUGACAUCAGCAGAUUAGAAGUUGAAUGGAGAUUAAAUGGAUUCAGGAGUAUGUUCCACUUAGAGCAAUCUUCAAAAUGAUAAGGUGUUCUAGAAGAAAGGAAUGUAGUAGGAACUAUACUAUGCCUAACUUUCUAUCCCAGAGUUUCUUGCAAGAGUUUAGGAGUUUUGGACCCUGUGUAUUGGCAGAAAAGUUAUCUCCAUCUUAAGCAGGCAUGACUUUUAUACCUGUGAGCUCAUUUAAGGUGCAUUUAAACCUAAAAUAAUUUCCCUGUAUUAUGCUUCAUGGAAUUAACACUGCUUUUCCAGAACAUUUUCAGAUUCCCCUCCUUACAUCCUGAGCUCCUUCUGUAUAUACAUCUGUUGAUGUUAUCCAUCCACAAGGAACAAUGAUAGUCACAUUAGAGAACAAGAAACCAAUAAUACAUGGUCUCUAACUGAUGAUUCGGGCCUGGAUUUGAUUGAAAGUGUUUGCAGUUCCUCUUCCGUAGAAUACAGAGUGGCUGAAAAUGUUUUCAAUGCACAGAACAGGAUGAAUCCUUUUUUCUUUAUUUAGCGAUUUACACUUUUGUUACUCUAUUAUAUAUUCAGUUAGUGUCUGAUAAGAUUUUCUUUGCUUAAGGAGAACAGACAUUGCCUUGGUAUUUUUUUUUUUUCCCUCCACCUUUGGAGCUUAUCAGGUAAAAAUCUCAAGCCACAUGAAUUUUUAACACCUCUGUUGGGAAAAGCCUUUGUGAGUUUUUAUGUACUUGGUCUUUGUUUUUGUUAUUCAUCCUGUGUUGUUAUUCAUUGCGUCCUCCCUCUUCCCAAUGUGCUGUUUUACCUAAGAAUUAGUUUACUUUCUGAAGAUCUUUUAGAGAGAGGCUGUGAAGUGCUGAAUCACCUUUAAUGAUACAGCACUCCUGCCAUCCCGGCAUCUACAUAGGACUUAUAUAGACUUCCUGAAUGUGUCUUCUUCAGAUACUAAAGUACAGUUGGAUCAUUUUCUUAUCUCCUUUUCUUAAGCAGUACUUUGCAGCUACUCCCCUUUGAAAGCCAGAAGCAUAAACCAUUGGGGAAUCUUAACUUGAAGACAUGCAGUAAAAGAAAUGCCUUUAUGUAAGAUCUGUGAGUACUUAAAAAGAAAGCCCUCAGUGUGUGUGAAGUGAAUGUGAAAUACAUAGAAUUCCCAAAUAGUUUAGCAAAGGCAGGGCACAAUAUCAAGUAAUUUAAAAAUGGUCCAAGGAACUGUAAGAAGGAGGAACUAAUUCUAGAAUAAAUGUUAAAAUGCCAUUCAAGAACAAAACCACAGAUGCCAGACAGACCUCCUGUGCUUAAGUUAUAGAAGAAUAAAAAUCUGAAUGAAUGGAAGGCCUUACGUGUAUACAGUUUACAAAUUCCUAUUUCUAAAAUUUAAGUCCCUUAUUUAACAGAAAUAUGUAUUUUAAUGCUUAACUGUCUCGGGAAACCUCAUUUGUGACAUCAUCUAAGAGGAUGGAAAGACCAGGGAGCCAGUGCCACGUUGAACAGAAGAGUGGUUUAGUGAAUGUGUGAGGAAAGACACGGGCAACUGAUUAUUAAUGUUUUUGUAAUUCAGUUUAUAACUUGGAGCCAUGAAAAGCAACAAAACUAAACUGGUUUGACAGCCUGCCACUUCUGGCUUUUCCUGUAAGUCACUAGCGGUAGGUGUGAGGUGGGCUUGCCCAUGACCAGGAGGGGUGUGUGUGUGUGUGUGUGCAUGUGUGUACAUGCGUGUUGGUCUGCAGUCACAGCAUACCUUUAUGUGCACGUGUCCUCGCAGCUUGGGACUCAGCAGUAUUCUAGGAGGGUGGAGGUGAACUGUCCCAUGUAUUGUAUUAUAUAUUUUUUGAGAUGGGGUUUUGCUCUGUCGCCCAGGCUGGAGUGCAAUGGUGUGAUCUCAGCUCACUGCAACUUUUGCCUCCUGGUUCAAGCAAUUUUCCUGUCUCAGCCUGCUGAAUAGCUGGGAUUACAGGCAUGUACCACCACUCCCAGCUAAUUUUUGUAUUUUUAGUAGAGAUGGGGUUUUACCAUGUUGGCCAGGCUGGUCUCGAGCUCCUGGCCUCAGGUGAUCCACCUGCUUUGGCAUCCCAAAGUGCUGAGAUUACAGGCAUGAACUACCGCGCCUGGCCCCAUGUAUUGUAUUCUUUUCAGGGUAUAUUGAAAUCUAUUACCGGGAAUGGUGGAAUGGGUUUUGGUAUGUAUAAUGGAAAUACAUAGAGUGGUUAUUAAGUCUAGAAACACAUACAUUAAUUGUAUUGAAAUGUUAUAUCAAUACAUCAUUUAUGAUGUGUGUCUGGUCCCAGACCUCAUGGCCACCAGUUUGUUUAAGCAUUUUGAAUGCUUCUUAAUAGCAUUUAUUAGCAUUAAAGGAGGAGGACACUGUGUUUUCUCAAUUAAUCUCAUUGAUUUGUUUGGUAUAAGUUUGGGUCAGAAAUGAAACUGCCAAAACAUGGAUCAGUACAAGGAAGGGACACAGGGCUUAAAAUGUCCACAGUCUUGGCAGUGGACUUGGCAGUUCUCCCAGUAAGCAGAAGUACUUGAGCUUAAUUCUGAACUUCAAAGUAAUAUUUUAUACUUAAUUUUAGGAGCUUUCAUUUACAUAUUGAAAAAUGCCUUGACUGUAUUCACAUAAAUGGUGCUAAAACAUUGUACCCCUUAUAAGAACCGCAGCAAUCCACAGUAAUGUUGGUUACUUCUGAGUAUUUUGAUAAAGGAACAAAGUCAAAACGAAUGUAUUUAAUAAGCUUCUUUCUCAUUUUCAUUGUUAUUAUAAAAAUAUUUUGGUAUUGUUGCCUGCAUUUUAGCCACUUCUAACUUUUUGUAUUAUGAAUUCGGAGAGGAUAACAAGCCAACUUUAGACCCUCUGCCAGUGGCGAUGGUGUUUUUCUUCCGUGGGUAAGCCAUUGUGAAUGGAGGCUGGCGGAGCAGCACACUGUGUGAACCUGGCAGCGCUCAUCUUGGCUUGUUUAGCAGUGCCUCUGUUUACACCGUAAGAUGUUCAGCAUGUGUCCAAAAUUUCGCCUGCUCUGAAAAACAUGCCCCCGAGGCUCUGUGCAGUUUGGGGCCUUGGUUCCCACCUGCAGAUGCGGUCAGUUGCCUGGCUCCUGGGGCCAGAGUUUCCUCUCUUACUUGUUGAGUCUCUUGUCUUCACUGUCAGAAGCUGAACUGACUUGGGGGCUUUGCUGUUGAUCCACUUUAGCAAACCCUGCUGCAGAGGACUGUAAAAACAAAUAACUAAAAAUAAACUUAGAAAAUACAACUCAGAAGCCUGGCUCUGUUGCUGUGGUCAAAUGCUUGCCUUUGAGGACUUUGGCAGAUUGUGCUAUUGCAUUGGGCUCUAACUUUCUGGCACCCGCAAGGCAGACCUAUGAUGUCCACAUGGCUGACUCUUGACCCCUGACCAUUGUGAGCAGGGGAAUCAAGGGUUUAGGGAGGCAGUAUUGGGCAGUGUGGAAGAGUUAGAUGAGAUGAAGCAGUUAGCACAGUGCUUAACCCAUACUAAGUGCCCCCAACCCUGCCAGCCAAAUCAGGUGCAUAGUUAUCAGCUUGGGUCUAGAUUCAACAGCAUUCCCGCUGCCCACUAAAAGGGUGGGCUUGAACAGUUCCUGAACCUCCCUAAAUCUGUUUCUUCAUCUUUACCACACACAGUCUGUCUCAGUGGUGGUGUGGAUUAAGUGAGGUGCUAGCACUUAUUAGGGGAAGAUCCUCCAGACCUGUAAAGCAGGGCUGCAGCCUCAAUUCUGACCCAGUCCUGCUGUGUGUUUGCCGCAAAGAGGUUUGCUGUGUGUGAGACAUUUCUUUAUGAACCAUUUCCACUGCUGGAAAUGUACCCAGCAGUGUGAUGGCAAGAACUUCAACAAAUUGCUUAUGAAUCAGGCUCUCAUUGGAAGAAGUUAAUCCUCUGAAGAGGGGGAAGACUGGACUUUCAGAAGUAUCUUGCGGAUAGAGAAUGAAGUUUGAGUCAGCAGAGCUCUGCCUUCCUGUUUGUCAAAGAACUAGAGUCUGGGAGUCUUGCAAGAUGGAGCUGGGCUUCUGAAGAACCCACUGGGUAGGUACUGGGCGUCCAUUAGACGGCAGUGCUAAGUCGGUCACGUACAGCAGAAAGACCUCCCCAUUAUGAACAACAAACCACUUUCCUCCUCCAGUGGCCCAUUCAUUUGGAUUGAUACACUUUUUCAGUGUCAGAAAUGCACUUUCUCCCUCUACUUGUCUGAAUUAACGGUGCUCUGCUCAACUCUGUGGACAGUGUUUCUUGAAUUUCCUUUUCCACCGCCUUUUCCCACUCAAGAAAGUGUAGAGAAAAACAGGGAUGCAGGCUGUGGGUCUUGUGGAAGCGCUUUACAACCAUUAAAUAAAGAACACCAGCUGCAUUAUGUGUGUUUAAAACGAGAGGUUGUUUGUACAGUAUUUUUCUGUUGACCACUUCCGUCUUGCCUGAAACCUGGGCAUUCUUUCUGUAGUUUCUCUGAAUUUUCUGUCUCACCUCCUCUACCCUUGCCUUUUGUCUGGGCUCGGUUGCCUGUUCAUGUUCUUUGCCUCUGACAUUAAACUCUCCCUAGUUGCGUAUGUGCUUGAGAUGUCUUAACAAGUUGUCCUCUAAGUGGUACCGUUGAUGUACAGUCCCAUUGGAGAGCACGAGUGUGUUUCCUUAGGCUCUUACGACACUGGCUUUAUCAAACAUUUUGAUCUUUGCUGAGCUGAUGGUUGGAAGUCUGACUUGCAUUUCUUGAGAAAGGCUGAGCAUGUUUUCAUUUGUGUAAACCAUUUUCAGGUCCUUUCCUGGGAGCCAUCUGUUCAUGUCUUCUGUAACCACUUUUGAGUUUUCUAUCUGAAUUUCACAGAAAUGAGAUAGAUGUAGGGUGGGAGCAGUAGGAAGGAAAGGCAGACCAAGGGGUGUUAGGGAUUCCAUGUCAGGCCCUUUGGUUGCAAGUAACAAUAACUCACUCAGAGUAUUUUAGUUCAAAAAGGGUUUGGCCUUCUUCAGGGACAAGAAGAGAGCACUGAAGACCAGAAGGUUACAGGAGGGAGGGCUGUCGUGCUGGUGUCCUAGAGUCCGCAUGUUCAGGUAGGAAUAUGGGAAUGCCUGCAUCCAUUCACCAAAGAGUGCCAGCCCUGGGGCCAGGCAUGGUUCCAAGCUUGGGGAUGUAGGGGUGAGCCGGCCAAGGCACAGUCCUCCCAGCCCUCUCCAUCCUCACCCCAACCCCAUGCCCACCCUCACCAACCCUCCCCAUCCAUACCCUCUGUGCUCACCCUCCGCAUCUGCACCUCCCCCUUUGCCCACCCUCCCCAUCUGUACCUCCCGCUGUGCCUACCCUCCCCAGCCCUCCCCUCUGCAGCCCUCCCCACCUUUCACGGAGCUCUUGUGCAUUUGUCACUGGUGAGCAGAACUGGCGUGACUCCAGGGAUGGAAUCACAAAGCAACUAUUUUUGUCUUUCACUGUUUAAGACAUAAUUCAAUCGGAGACCUUCUCCUACCCCUGGUGAAAACUCAACUCAGGGCGACCCAUCACCUUUUUGAGCACUCUGGGGCAAUAGACUUUAUAGUCCUCUUAGGUUGCCAAAUGCUUUCCUAACUCAGAAAUUGCAAUAUUGCAUCUGUGUGAGAGUGAAAGCUGUGACAGUUGCUCACUGCCCUGUUUGGCCCUCCAGAGUUAGAACAGGAGGAGGGAGCCAAGACAGGGAGGGAGCAGAGAUCUCAGCCCUCCAUAGGAAUUGUCCUGUCGGCCGCCCUUCUGGGCCCAGCCAGGGCUUUGUUCUCAUUCUCUCACGGGGUACUUUCAGGAAUCUUUGAGGCCCCCUCUGUCUCCCCACUUCUUGCCUCCGGCUUAGGGCCUUCCCAUGUACCUUGACCAAGGCAGCUCCUGGGAUGUGCUAAUGCUGUCGCCUCCGACCACCACUUCCUCCUUUGCAGCUCGUAGGAAGCCAGUGAUAGUUCUAGCUUCUUUCUACUGAGCCCUGUCCACCCCCCUAGGUGGCCUUGUGGGGCAGGCCUUAAGAUGACCCCAGGCAAGCUUGUUGAUCUGUGAGGCCAGGGUCUGGGCCAAGGGAAAGACUUUUGGACCCCCUGCCCUGUCAAACUCGGGAUUUGCCAGCCAGCCCCAGUGCCCUUCUGUUAGAUUUGACGGGUGAGUCAGACACCAGCCCACUGAGUCCCCAGGACUCAGGACCCCAUUUCAAGCUUUGAGUAUUACAACUCCCUACCCCAGAAGGAGUGGGACUCAGUGUCGCUCUCUGCAAAGAAACCAUCUCUACAAAUUCUUUUCAAAUAUCUACUCUUGGUCCUUUUUUGCCCUCCUCGUGUUGAGGGAUGGCAGAGUCAGGGAGUUCAGACUCCUGCAGAAAGAGGCCGGGUGCCAUCAGGAGUCCCCGUUUGGUGUGGCCGCCUUCUCUUUGGUGUGAAUGUCGUCCUCUCUGGCUGGGUUCUUAUUUUCUACACAUAGCUCAGGCGUAAGCUGGUGCCCACCCGUGUUAAGUAUCAGGCUGGUCCUGCAGCAGCCCAGUGCCUACAGUGAGGAAGGACCUGCCGGGCAAAGCAGGGCGCUCAUCAGGCCAGGGUUUCUAGAACCAUAUCCCAGGCUGCUGAGAAUGGGUGUGUGGGUUGUGUGAUGCAGAAUUCUAGGAGAUGUCAUUUCCAUCAUAGUCCAGGGAAACACUCGAGCCUGGUGGAGGGAGAUGGUUCAGGAGGGAGGCUUCUGUAGCAUCCAAGCCCAAGGUGAGCAGGAGCCCCCUGAGCCGAGCUGCUGGGACUGAAGAGGAAAAGGAGAGAGUGGGAGUGAGAUGCUAGGAGGCAGCGCUGAUGGGGCUUGGGGACUUGACUGAGAGGAGUGGGACAUGGAGUGGGUUUCUGGGUGGGUGCCCCUGUGACUCCUCUAGAUGGGGGAGACAGAAAAUGUGGAAGGGGUGAGGAAAGAGUGUACAGGGAUGGGCUGGAGGCCACGGCCCUUCUCGGCCCCUGAGGAGAUGUUGGGACGUGACUGGAUACACCCAGUGACUGGUCUGAAGCUUGGGAACAAGUUAGGGCUGGAAAAACAGACUUAGGCAUCACCGCUGUAUUUGGAGCUGGAAAUAGGCCCAGAUUAGGAACCUGGGCUUGUGAGGACUGGAUUCCCAGCGAAGGUGGAAGUGGGCCUGCCAGCCAUUUGUAUACUUUUCUGAAGAGCGUGGAAUUAAAUAGCAUUGGGCAGGUUGGCAUUGGGGGAAAGAAGAAUCGGGCGAGGUUAGGACGUGGUCUUGCUGGCAUGAUGGAGGAAACACUUUUUACCUCAGACCACACGUGAACUGCAAGCAUCUGCCCUGAUGGUGCCAUCAGGGGCAGUGGAGAUACAGGCCGCUCUCCUCAGCCAUUUCCUUUAGACCAAGAGAGCUUUUAUUGUGUAGCAGAUGAAAGACCCAAUGAGAAUUUGAGGUGUAUAGUAUAAUGUAAAGUUUGGAAAUAAUGAUUGCACUUGUUAAUUCUGUUUUGGUCUUUGGAAUCAAGGGUUUCUGAACCUGAGAUAAGCAGCUUUUUCGUUUCAUAAAAGCUCUAGUCAUUUUUCUCUGUUGAAAGUGGACCACAGUAAUGUUCAUGGAUUUGUUGGCUGAAGCACUUCCAUGUGGCUUAGAAGCUUAGCAGACACGGCACCUCCGCCUUUGUGAACUGCAAUUGGCCAUUCCGCAAAUCCUGGUGCUGCAGUAGAUUAGAACUGUGUAGAAAAGAUCUGGUUCUAGAGGAGAGGAGGCUGAUCCAGAGGCGUCGUCUAGUCACUUGCCUGAAUCACAGCUAAUAAGCAGCAGACAGAAUGAGGACUCACAGCUCCUGAUUUAUUUUCUCCUUUUGUUCAAAGCCCAGUGUAUUGAACUGGGCAGUCAGCAUGAUAUUUACUGUUUUAUAUUGUCCAGGUAAGAAACCUGGAGCUUAUUGGGAGCAGAAUUACAAAUAUAAGCAAUGCCAACCUUCCUUGCACCUUAGCAUUGCCUUUAAUAGUGUCAAAAAAAAAAAAAAAAAAAACUUAGAAGGAGGCAUAGUUUUCUCCACGGUUUUUGAGAAAUUCUCCACGAUUUUUCUCCUGAGCUAAGCCAGUGAGACUACAGAGGAUAAAGAGGAAGGCGUGGAAGGCAGAGAUACCAGGGGACAGGGCUUGGCGGGACUCCACUGGCGUUGGGGGGUUGAGGAGGAGGUUUCCAGGUGGGAGGUAAUUGUGCCUCCUCUAGAUGGAGAUGUCAGGGGAAAGCAUGGGUUGGGGACGUAGAUUUGCCCCUUGUGGUAUUAAGAGUACCACUCCCUACAGGGACAGUGAAUGAUGCUGGGGCCAGCGCAGCUCUGUAUUGUCUUUAAGGCAACCAGGAACUGAACACACGACCCGAUAGCUAGGCCUGAGGACAUGACAUAGCCCAUGCACUGUGGCCGGGAGCACAGCUCUAAGCCUUCAAAAACAUGGUUGGUGUUAGAGGCAGUAAGAGAGAAGCACAGUGGAGGUAGGACUGAGAUCUGGGAUUUUAACAAAAGGAGCAGUAAGGUAGGAAAUAGGCAAUCCCAAGCGAGUCUGUAGGAUGCUUAGAAUCUUACUGACUACAGGUAUGUAAUGAAUCACUUUCUACAAUGUCUUAUGAGGAGCUAAAAAAAAAUUAGAGCCAUCUUUCUUUGAGGUUAAAACGUGAUGCUUUAAGAAAAGAGUGAUGCUGGCUGGGCGUGGUGGCUCAUGCCUGUAAUCCCAGCAUUUUGGGAGGCAAAGGUUGGCGGAUCACGAGGUCAGGAGAUCAAGAUCAUCCUGGCCAACAUGGUGAAACCCCGUUUCUACUAAACAUACAAAAAUUAGCUGGGCGUGGUGACGUGUGCCUGUAGUCCCAGUUACUCGGGAGGCUAAGGGAGGAGAAUCGCUUGAACCCGGGAGGCGGAAGUUGCAAUGAGCCGAGAUUGCGCCACUGCACUCCAGCCUGGGCAAUAGAGGGAGACUCUGUCUCAAAAAAAAAAAAAAAAAAAAAAAAAAAGUGAUAAAAGAGUAAUACUUUUCCCAUAAAGACUAAGAAGAGUAAGAAUCUCUUAGAUGUGGGCAGGAGGAUUGUCGGGCCCUGCCCCUCUCAGGCUCACCAAACACUUGCUUCAUUUUGGCAUUCCCAUUUGAGAAGGUGUAUAGAGAAGUUGGAGAGGGUUCAGAGAAGCAUUUUCAGUAUUACUGAAGUUAUGGGAAGUAAAAGUAAUUUUAAUGCAGGAUAAAAUCUGAAGAAAUAGGUUAUAUUUAAGUAAGACAGGGAGUUUAGAGAAAUUUCCCAGUGGUUAGAAGUUUUAGCAACCAAGGGAAAGGGCAAAAUGUUAAUCUCUCAGGUAAAUUUGAUUAAAAGGGAAACUGUAAUCAGGAUUAGGAAACCAAGUAACUUUGCGGUGAGUAAACAGAUGCAUGGUUAGAAUAAAAAAAAUGAAGAAACUAAAAGCAAUCUCAAUUGUAUGCCAAAUGUUUAAGCUUUACUUAAAGUAAAAUUAGAGUAUGAAACCUAUUUGACAAUAUAUGAAUACAAAUCCAUAAACCCUGAAACAAAGCAUAUAUAAAUGCUCUUACCAAUGCAAAAACUUCCAUCUGUUAGAUACAUAAACAGCACUUCCUUAAAAGCGACAUAUAUUUUAUACUGACCGCUGUAGUCAAUUUUAAUUAAAAACUACACAAAUAUUUUAUUUGUAUUUUAGAGACGGGGUUUUGCUCUGUUGCUCAGGCUGGAUUCCAACUCUUGUGCUUAAGCGAUCCUCCUGCCUGAGCCUCCUGAGUAGCUGGGACUACAGAUGCACACCACUGUGCCCAGCUAAAUAUUUUAAUGUGAUUGGUUUCAACAGUUUAUACCCACAGUUUUGAUGUGAAACUGACAAACCUAUGAGCUGACCGCCAUAGCCCAUAUAGAGGAAUGACUCUGAGCACACUUAAUUUUGUUUAAAAAAAAAAAAAAUCUAGAUCACUGCUAAUGUUCAGAUCUGAAAUGAAGAAUGAGGUAAUUUUAUUCUUCCAUUGUAGGAU